AAGAGCCAUCAAUCGUAGCCGAAACCCAAACCAAACCGCAUCGCAUGUCGGUCUUCAACCAGGGGCUACCCACUCUGGCGAUCAUUUGAAGGCUGACCACGAGCGCACCUUUAGCAAUCAUGACUUCAGCAGAGGUCAGCUCGCCUUAUGACCAGUUCAACGGGGUUGGUCAAGCGGGCAGCAGCGUGGGUGCCAAUUCUUGGGUGCACGGGACAGUGCACCCCACCGAGUGGAGCUUGAACGAUGUGAUCAGCUGGUUGGGCACGCUGUCUCCGCCUCAAUCAUGGCACUCGACAUCCUUUAGGCAGAAUGCCAUUACCGGAGACGUGCUGCUCAUGCUGGACAAUGACGCUUUGCUGGACAUGGGCAUCGCAUCCGUCGGUCAUAGAUUAACGCUGUUGGGAGCCAUUUGGCGACUAAAGCAGAAUUGGGGCGUGACCAUCGAAGAGGGAGAUUGGAAACCCGGAGCUUCCACGCUGGACGGCUCGCCAGACACUUCUCUGCCCGCCCUCGUCUCAGCUCUGAGGGUGCGCGACGAUCGCAUACGCACGCUCGAAGGCGAGAUUGCCAAAUUGGCAGACUACCUCAGCCGCUUUCAGCACGAUUUCGCCAGCGUGUGCAGGAUCUUGGGCGUCAAGAACCCGUCGUCGGAGCAUCCUGCGCCGAGACCAGAUCCCUUGCUCUUUACACCCGAGUCGACCUUAUCCAACCUCGCGCUUCCCUCGCCCCGCGGUGCGAAUGGCUCUCAUCAUCCAGUGCCUGCCACAACAGCACCUGUUUCGAACGCUCAGCAUCAUCAGCCCGACUCGCCACGCAAGCAACCUCUAGGCGUCAAUACGUCACACUACGACCAGAGCUACGCUGGUCCCACCAGCGCUCUCAGUUACGGUGGUAGUAGCGGAGGGGCGUCCGCAUCGGCUUCCGGCUCAGGAUCCGCGAAUCACUUUGGCUCGCUACAGAAUGCGAGCUCGAUGCUCGAUGCCGCAUCCGAUGAUCGCGAAGGUGACACUCUGGUCCCCCUGGGUAAAGCGCGCACUCCUACGAGCGCGCACUCUCUCACCGGUUCGGUACCGAACACGGCCGGCAUACCCUCGGCUGUCUCGGGCACCAGCACCAGCAUGGGCUCUCACUCGGGUGCGCCUGGCAACAGUCCCACACGAAGCGUCACUGGUGCAAUGAGCUCCACGGGUCUGGGCGAUGAGCCUAGCAGCAGCCCUACAGCGUCCACACCUGGUGCAACGCCCACAUCUGCUCUUCCACCCGGCGUCUCGAGGUUGGGCACUGCGGGUCAGCAAGCAGCGGCGAACAGCAGCUCAUCGCAACCUCAGCACAGUCCAUUGGCCAGCACCUCGGUAGCCACGUCGCGAAGAGCCUUGGCAGCGCCCAACUUGGGCAGCUCUAGUGGCGGGCCGAAUUCAGAGUCCACCGCUCCUGCAGUCGGUUCAGUUUCUGCUAAUGGGUGUGCAGUGGGUGCCUCUGCAGGGUCAAGCAGCAUCUCGUCGGGCGCACAAGAGUCCAAGUCGAGCAAUGCAGGUAGCAGUGCUGACAAUCCUUACAAGAGCUUCCGGGUCACUCUGGACGACCCGUGCCACAAGGUCUUGCCCGCUGCGCUCAAAAAGUACAAGAUCAACGACGAUUGGAGACAGUACGCUUUGUUCAUCUGCUAUGGUCAGACUGAACGCUGCCUCAGCUACGACGAAAAGCCACUUUUGCUGUUCCAGAAGCUCAAAGAAGCAAAGCAGAAUCCAGUCUUUAUGCUGCGACAUAUCCGCGACGUCAAGUCGCCAAUCGCAAUUGCCAAUGCGAAAGCUGCUCAGCGGAAGAAUAGUCUCGGAAGCGCAGCCAGCAAGGAAGGAGCUGCGGAGACCACAGACGCGGCUGGCGACCCUCAUUCUGGCAGCUCGGGCAAAUCUCAGGCGAGCAAGGGCGGAAGCCCGGGAGGUGGCAGGGUGGCGGAAGCUGUGGCCAAGUUCGGAGGAGGAGGAGGAGGAGGGGCGGGGGGCAGCGGAGGCAAAGCAAGGGAUGGGACGGGAGAAGCGGAGGAUCGCGGCGGAGAGGAUGGCAUGGUCGUUGCGGGCGGACAGAAUGGCGAGCCCUUCAUCAGUGGCCCCGCAGCCAGGUUGCCGCCGGCAACUGCACCUCCAACUUACGCCAUUGCCAUCUAUCCAUACGUCUCCGAAAGAGCAGACGAAUUCGAUGUUGGCGUUGGCGAUACCUUUGUCGUCCUUAGCAAGGCCAAAGGAUGGUGGGUGGUGCAGCGCGACACGAAAGCGAUGGGCAAGGGUGAUGUGGUCCCACGGAAAGCCGCUUCGGAAUCCGGUACGCCGUCUUCCUCCGGCUCAGGGGGGUCAUCUGGAGGAGAGAUCAAAUCGGGAUGGGUGCCUGCUGGAUGCUUGCUGGAAACCAACAGACCUCUAGCCGGCGUACUUGGGAGACCGGAAGCGGACCCUUCGACUGCCGUGGAUCCCAAUACUCCGACGGCGUGGAUUUCCCAGGAAAAGAAGGGCUCGGAUCCCAUUCCUCCCGCUGUCAUCACCAGCACCAGCACGCCUGGAAUCAUGCUCAUGGACUACGCGGCACCCGAAGAUCGACUGGACCUCAAGAAGGACGAUCGUCUGCGCGUCUUCAAGAGGUACAAUCACUGGUCGUACUGCGUUGCCGAAGCCGAGGGUCACGCGCGCGGUUGGGUCCCUUCGUGGUGUGGGUGCAUUCCUGCAACUUUAACCCUGCCGAGGUUUGCGACUGAUAACUUGCUCAAACUUUGCACUUCGUCUAGAUAUCGGCAAAUUGUCAGGAAGUGGCUCGCAACGUCACGGAUCUGCAUCUGGGCCGUCAGGUUCUGGUGGUGGGCGUGAGAGAGAGGCCAAUGCUAGUGCCACAUCGCCAGCCGACAAGGAUAAAGAUUCUGCGGUGCUAUCUCCGGCGUCAUACAACGGCACGUCGACGGAUGGUGCCACGUCUACCCAUGCGCCUACGUCUGCUGCCGCUUCGAAUUCGACGAGCGCUUAAAGUGGCCUGGAAGCAGCCACGAAUGUGUGAAAACGUAUCGUCACGAUACCAGCAGCACGUCGCUCGCAGCGACAUCUCUACGGAUUCGGUUC